AUGCCCCUCAUCCAACUCCAACCCCACGCCUUCACCUCCAUCCCUCUCCAUCCUUCCCUCCCCGACGAGCCCUCACGCCCCCAACUCCACGCCUACAUCACCUCUGCUCUCCGCGAAGCUCUUGACUUGCUCCACGCCAUCCCCACCACCUUCACCGCCGACUCCAAGCUGCGCACUUCUUCACCCUCUCGCGCCAAAGUCCGACUGUUACGCAAAUGGCGUGAUUCGGCGUCCACGACGACCGGCGCCCAUCACGCCGGUAGCGCAGACACAGAUACAAACCGGAACCGAAAGAUCAAAUCUUCGGGCUCGAGCUCGGGUUCAGAGUUCUGGGUCUGCCGACAGAGCGAGCACGUCAAUGCGCGUGAUGACGGGACCGCGUCAUGGGCCGAGUUUCAGGAUGGGUUGAGAAAGGAUCACGCGCAACAUGAGAUGGAGUAUACGCCGAGUGUGUCUGCGAUCGAGCAGUUGUUGGAGUGGGAGGCGGCGGAGAUUGGGGAGGUGGAGGUGGAUGGGGUGAAGUUUAACGAUGUUGAAAUGGAGGCCUUCCUAAUUGCUCCACGCUACUUCAUUUCCCUGACGAUCUCUGCCGCCUAUGAUAAGAGCACACCACCCUCUUCCACCUCCCCAUCAACUUCCCCAACUUGUCCAGAUCCUCAAAACCAGCCAGAAACUCAUCCAUCGGGCUUUCUGACCAUUCAGAUCCCCCUUCACGCAGCGGCCUCUUCCACGACACCGGCUUUAAUGAAGAAGAUCUCCGCCGCGGUGCCGAAGCGGGCUAUUCCAGCUCACUAUGCGAGUGUGGAACGGGUAGAGUUGCGAUCUGGACGGUUGUCGGCAUCCAGCGCAUCGCCGUCACCGGCCUCAUCGUAUAUUGAGUGGACGAUGGCGACGACUUCGGAUGCUGCGGGCUCGAUUCCACAGUGGGUCCAGCGGAGCUGGGCGUUGGGUGGAGUGCCUAAGGCGGUUGUUGCGGAUGUGGGGUUGUUUAUUGGCUGGACGAUGCGGAGAAGGAGGGGAGAGCUUUAG